UCCAUUAACUUUACAGACCGAAAUUAUUAAAGUAUUAAACUUACUUCGAAACUGAAAAUAUGAAUUAGCUAAGAAUUAUCUUGUUUCUCAACGUAAGCUGAAAACAUAGUUUGGCUGACUUUUUUGUUGGAAAUGGUUUAAGGUGGACAGCUGAAAACUCUAAAAAACUGUAUAAAUUUAGUAACUUAAACAAACUGUUGCAAUAUGAAUUUUAAGUUGUUUAAGAUGGAUCAGAAUAAGUUUGUACAAACCUGUCCAAUCAAAUUUGAUCUGCUAAGUCCGAUAAAACUGAUUGUCAACAUCGCUAUGAAACAAAAGCAUUAAGAGUUAAAAGCUUUAUUUCAAGAAAAAGUUUUUAACUCUUCAACAUGAAUUUUUUGUAUCAACUUGUUUUAAUAUUAAUUAAUAAAAUUUUAAUAAGUUCUCAAACUUGUGUUGAGUCAUUCAAUAUAACAAACCAAGACAAAUUACUUAAUAUCGAAUCAAGAAAAAAUGGAGAUUAUAUAAUUCGUUGUGUUUUCUCAAUCUCAAAUUCCGAUAAUUGUACAAGAAUAUCUUAUGAUGGGCUGCUUAGAGUACUUGCUGUUAAGUACGCAAUUAAAGAAAUAAAGCAGUCUCAUAAAAUGUUGCCCGACAUUUCAGUUGGUUAUAUAUUUAACGAUGCUUGUUUCAAUAUGCCAAAAACAAUGGGUCACGCUAUAGACAUUGUAAAAAACUAUCGCCAAAACUACUGCAAACUGAAUGGAAAAAAUGGUUGUGGCUUAAAUAGUAGUAAUGUUGUAGCUGUUGUAGGGGAAUAUUACUCAUUUACAACUAUCAACUUUGCUAGUUUGUUGAGCCUUCAUAACAUACCUCAAAUAAGUGAUGGGGCAUCGUCGCCUCUUCUUUCUAAUAGAAAACGGUUUAAAUCGUUUUUUCGUACUAUACAGCCCGAUGAUGUUCAAAUAGAAAUAAUUGUUGCAACUUUAAAAAAAUUCAAUUGGAAAUACAUUUUUGCCAUUGGAUCCGAUGAUGAUUACGGCAAAAUAGCUUUAAACACUUUAAGGAAAAGAGUUACAGAAGAAAACUUUUGUGUAGUACAAGAUGUUUACAUGCCGCUUAUAAAUUCACCCACUCAAAUGCAAAAGCAUGCCCAAGACAUUGUAACUAAAUUACAAAAUUUUGAAAAAGCAAAAGUUGUUAUUAUGUUUAAUUAUGCAAAGGGGAUGGGAGAAUACGUACUAAGAGAGGCAGAGCAUAGAAAUAUCACACGUCUAUGGUUUACAAGUGAAGCUUGGAACCCAGAAAUUCUUACAGCUGAUGUUCCUAAAAAACAACUAGAAUCUCUACUGUCAGUAUCACUCAAAUAUGGUAAUGAAAUACCAUCAUUUAAAUUAUAUAUUGCCGACACUGUCAAAAGUGAAUAUAACUGCGAUAUUUGGCUAAACACACUAAUAAAUAAUGAGUUUAAAUGUAAUGUUAAAAGAAAGUCUGUUGAUAGCAAAUAUUUAUUAGGUAGUUCUACAACAAAUGAAAGUUGUAAUGUUUCAAUUGAUAAUAUUAUUACUACCUUAUACAAGCAAAACUUAAACCAAGUAAACUAUUUGAUAAAUGCCAUAACUGCAAUUGGUCACAGUCUUCAUUACACUGCUUGUAAUAAAACACAAUGUCGUGCAAACAUUUUACCAGCAGAAAUUUUAGAAACAUUAAAAAACGUUAGCUUUAAUACAACAUCUGGCCAAUUAUUUGAGUUCGAUUCUGAUCAUAAUCCAAGAUUUUCCCAAUAUUCAAUCGAACAGGUUCAUUUAAAUGGAUCAACUGCAGCAUUUGUUGAUGUAGGCAGAUGGCAUUCACAAAAAAUGUUACUCAAUAUAAGUUUAGAAAAAUUGAAAUGGCCGUCUUGGUCUCGCUAUAGUUUACCAGUCUCUAUUUGCAACAAUGAUUGUCAACCUGGGUAUAAGGUUGAAGGAGAACAACAUUGUUGUUGGACUUGUAAAAGAUGUUCAGUCUCAGAAAUCAGUUAUUCAUUUAAUGCUAAAAACUGCUCUCGUUGUCCUGACGACCAUAACACUACAGACAACAUAAAAUGUGUUCAAAAAAGAAGAUUCUAUGUUUCAUAUUCUCAUCCCAUUGGGAUUUUCGGCAUAAUUCUUAGCAGUAUUGGUGUUUUUUUAAUGUUUGCUUUAUCACUUAUAUUUUUGACAACAAAAAAAAAAAUUAUUUUGCAAUAUAGAGUAGAAUUGUUUUUCUACAUUUUGUGCAUUGUGUCAUCUUUAUCUUUUUUUUACACAUUAAUAGAAUUAGCGCAACCUUCGAAAACUAUUUGUCUUGCUCGAUAUAUAUAUAUUUUUUUAAUGUUAACGUCAUACAGUUUGAUAAUAUUUGGAAUGAAUUUAUCAGUUCAUCGUUUUUUUGCCAAGUUAGUCACAAGAAAAGGAACAAUUCUCUUAAGUUUGUUUAUUUUUUUUCUACUAUCAUUUGAAUUAUUUUUAUUACUUUUAACGCUAAGAAAAAGAACGACAUAUGCGAGCAUUGUAAAUACAGAUUAUGAAAUCACAAAAAUAUGCGCAGUUGACCGUUCUGUCUACUCAUUAUUAGCAAUAAUAUUCCCAUUAAUGUUGCUUUUGACAGCCACAGUCUUAGCUUUUUCAGAGAGAGAUUCCAAGUACUACCUUAACGAACUAAAGCACUUGUAUUUUUUUGGCAUGUCACAAUGUAUCAUAACUGUAGCAUAUAUUUUGUCAAUUAACCAGGUUAAUGCAUUGUUUCAGACGUUGGUAACAUUGAUUACUACAAACGGAUAUGGAUAUGCUUUUAUAUUUUGUCUUGCUUUUCCAAAAGUAUACGGUACAUUGCAAGCAAAAAAGUCAAAGAACGAACCAGACUUGAAAACAAAAAAAGUCACAGAACAAACUUAACCUGCAAAGAAACAAUUCUUCAAGACAAUUUUUAAAUUUUUUAGUUAAAAUUUGCAUACCAAACAAUAACUUGAAAACAUUUCCCAAGUAUUUGAAUAUUGUUGUUGCUAAAAGUUUUUUUUAUGGUUACUUAUCAAAGUUUACGUAGGAAUUAAUACUAUAGGACAAGGUACUCCACAAGGUCCACAACUUUAGCGGUCCGUUGCAAUUUGAUACAAGCAUUUGAGUUUUUUCAAAAAAUAAAGAUAUGUAUUAAAAAAAUAAUUAUUUCUUAUAAUUUAAUGUCCUCAAAAGAACAAUUUGAGCUA